GAUGCGGCAUCGACGGCUGAUGAUCCGCGAGGCGCACGGUAAGAGUUUACGCCUUCGCCUCGGGUCUCCGUCGCUUCUUCUGGUUUCUAUAUAUUAUCUUGUCUGGUUUUUCCAAAGGCCGCUUCCUUCGGCCGGUGACUCGAAUCAAUUCUCAGUUUCACUAUGGCUGCCAAAUCUGGAGCUGUUCUGGGUGCUGCCUUCCUUUUGUUGCUACUAUCGCCCGCUGUGUUUUCUUCGUCCGACAAUGGGCUGAUCAGGGUUGGACUGAAGAAGAGGAAGCUGGACCAACUCAACCGCGUUGCGGCACAGAGAUAUUCCAAGGAAAGAGAGACUCUGGGGGGUCUUGGGAGGAAGUACAAGUUCCACGGUUAUAACGGCGAGGAUGACGACACUGAUAUUGUAUCGCUGAAGAAUUACAUGGAUGCUCAGUACUAUGGCGAGAUUGGGAUUGGAACCCCAGCCCAAAAGUUCACUGUGGUAUUUGACACAGGGAGCUCUAAUCUUUGGGUGCCCUCUUCAAAGUGUUACUUCUCGAUUGCAUGCUAUUUGCAUUCUAAAUACAAGUCAAGUGAAUCAAGUUCCUACAAGAAGAACGGGAAAUCUGCUGAUAUCCAUUAUGGAUCUGGGGCGAUUGCGGGAUUCUUUAGCCAGGAUAAUGUGAAAGUUGGCGAUCUUGUCAUCAAGAAGCAGGAAUUUAUUGAGGCAACCAAAGAGCCCGGCCUCACAUUUGUGGCUGCAAAGUUUGAUGGCAUACUGGGUCUUGGCUUUCAAGAGAUAUCAGUUGGGAAUGCAGUUCCAGUCUGGUAUAAUAUGGUCAAUCAGGGUCUUGUUCCGGAGCCUGUUUUCUCAUUUUGGUUAAACCGAAACACUAAAGGGGAUGAAGGUGGCGAGCUUGUGUUUGGUGGGGUUGAUUCUAGUCACUACAAGGGUGAGCAUACAUAUGUUCCCGUGACACAGAAGGGCUACUGGCAGUUUGACAUGGGGGAUGUGCUGAUUGAUGGUGAAACGACUGGAUUUUGUGGCAGUGGUUGUUCAGCAAUUGCUGAUUCAGGAACAUCCUUGUUGGCAGGCCCUACAACUGUGAUAACCCAAAUCAACCAUGCCAUAGGAGCAUCUGGUGUGGUAAGCCAAGAAUGCAAGAUGGUGGUUGGCCAAUAUGGUAAAACCAUACUGGAGAUGUUGUUAGCCGAGGCACAACCACAGAAAAUCUGUUCUCAAGUGGGCUUCUGUACAUUUGAUGGUACUCAUGGCGUUAGGAUGGGAAUCGAGAGCGUGGUGGACAAGAAUGAGCACAAGUCAUCAGGUGGUCUGGGGGAUGGAAUGUGUACUGCUUGUGAAAUGGCAGUUGUUUGGAUGCAGAAUCAGCUCAGGAAAAAUCAAACGGAAGAACAAAUCUUGGAUUACGUCAACCAGCUAUGUGAGCGUUUGCCGAGUCCAAUGGGAGAAUCUGUGGUCGAUUGUAGUGAGCUAUCUUCUCUGCCCAGCGUUUCUUUGACGAUAGGUGGAAAAGUAUUUGAUCUUGCCCCAGAGGAGUAUGUGCUUCAAGUCGGGGAGGGUGUUGCCGCUCAGUGCGUCAGUGGAUUCAUCGCUCUAGAUGUGGCGCCGCCUCGUGGACCUCUCUGGAUCUUGGGAGAUGUUUUCAUGGGCCGGUAUCACACGGUGUUCGACUAUGGGAACAUGCAAGUCGGGUUUGCCGAAGCAGCAUGAAUGGAUUGAUGCUUUUCCUUGCUGUGCUUCCGCGUCUUAUCUCUAUACUCGUGUAUAAAUAGUAUAUGGUCAUGAAAUGAGACAUCUCCUGCGACUGUUUGGAAAACUGAUAGCAUGCUAGAUUCUGGUCCUUGUAUAUAUACGCAUACCCUGAAAGUGAUUCCUCUACUUUACUGGAAAAGUAAGAAAGGAGUCCAUGUAAGUGGCUUGGAUGAGUUUUAUCAAUAUGUUUAGUAAUUUGAAA